CUUGGAGCCAGUGAACGUUGGUACUGAAAAAUCCGUAAUGCUACCAGAAAGAAUAAUAUUAAUUUUGUGCUGCUCGGUUCGUUUAUUUUCAAAAGUGACAAAUAAAUUGCAUCGAUUUCGUCAUUUUUGGGUUCGACAACGUCAGUACGAGUGAUAAAUCACAAUAGACCAAAGAAGAAAAUGUGAAAGGUGGGCAAACUGACAUGGAAGAAUACGUGCUUGUAGUUCGUUGCAGACUAUAAACUUCUGAGGUUAGGUAGCGUUGAAUGAUGAACAGGAGACGAUAUGAGAGGAUGUGAAUAGGUCAGAAUAAUGUCCGAGUGUUAGAACUGAAUUUGGUUCGAACCUGGUACAUUUCGAUGCAAGUCUGACGCGUUAGUACACUGGCAGCCUGCUCGUUGAAAGACGCACGUAAGAUCGUAAAACUGGUAUCCUAGUUUAUUACUUUUGGUGACAGCAGAACGUGAUACUGGUGAAGACUUGGGUGGCAAUAGUGAUAAAGACUUUCAGUGAUGUCUCGUGGAACUAUGAAGAAAUGUGCUGUGUCAUGCCUGUAUGCUGCAUUACUGCUUCUGUUUGGUUUCUGGGAUGGAUGUCAUCAUAUCGAAAUAGGCAGUCCGCAGACAGCCGAUAGAAUGCAAAAUAGGAGGAGCUUCCAGUUUCAGCCUUGUCGUUAUAAUGCGUCGUUAAUAAAGAAGUGCCCUGGUCGAGGGGUUAGGUUGUUGUCGCGGGGAGUGGUGAGGCGUGGAAAGGGGCUCUGGAAAGAAAGCUUGCCAGACGGGGCAGUCUUAAUUAUGAAGACCCUUCUUGUUUUAAGUGGAUGGUGUUUAAACAACGGGAAGAGACUAACAUUCAGCCGGUAAGGUAAACAGGCAUUUAACAUA